AUGUUUCGCUCAGGCGUGCACUCGUCCACGCCGCCGAGGUCGCAGUCCAACUCCCGCUACUCGCAUCGCGGCGACCCAUCGACGACGCCCGCAGGGCCACCGCCCGACAGGUCCUUUGGGCCCUCGUCGACACCCGCCGGCCCGCCUCCAAAUGCGGGCCCCUUGUUCGGAAGCAACAAGCCUACCUUUGCUCCGAGCACCAACUUCAGCUUCAGCAACGCCUUCCCAAGCUCGCCGCCCAAGCAUGGCCAGCUUGAGGGCUUUGGCCUAGGGGCAAUUGGCACGUCCAACUCAGGCAGGCCUGCAGCACAACGAGGGCGCACCAUCUCAGGCGGCGGCUUCAGCACUGGCUUCCAGGUACCCAGCAGCUCGCCCCCGCCCGACGAUGACGCAGAGGGCGAGUACGACGAAGACAUGGACGAGGAAGAAUAUGAGGAUGACGAAGACUACGACUCGGACGAGGCAGAGCAGCUGGCAGCCCAACGACGCGCGAGAACACAGAACCGGCUCUCGCAAUCGGCCAUGUCAAGAACCAGCGCCAACGACCUAGAGCGAGAACCGACAAUAGUGCGGGCAGGCGCAAAGCAGACCAACUUCGACUUCCUCGCCAUUGCCAAAGGUCUAACGCCGCCCAUCAGCCGCAUCACUUUGCAGGAACCCGACCACGUCAUUCUCGAGACGGAGCGCCUAGUCGAGAAGGUGCAUGAGUCGCUUGAUUCCGACACGCCGGACAGGCGGACCGAGGUAUUGGGGCAGGUCGCUAAGGAGCUGGUGUCGCUGUGGCAGACAGCAGGGAAGUCAAAGGGAGGCUUGUCGUCCAGCCAGUCUGGAGGCGCGACCACUCUGGGCGCUGCAAGUAAGCUUGCAAGUCUGUUGCUGACCCUCCACCAUCCGCCACCGACCGCUCAGAAUCAGCGCACUUCCGCGCUGUCCCUCGUGCCGUCGCGACCCGAUUCGAGACAAUACAAGCCGGUCCCCAAGAUACUGCUAGAUUGGCUAAACGGCACGUACCCAGAUGUGUCCGAAGUUCAACUCGUGCUGAAGGAAACGCAUGGCUACUCGAGGCAUCCAUCUUACUGGGAGGGCGUGCAAGCUGCCGCUGUCCGGGGCAAUUUCCAGCAGUGUCUGCAGUUGCUACAGGGCGCCAACCUUGAGUUCGCUGCGACAGCCCAAGAAGACGGUCUGGGAGAUUCAGGUUAUAGCGGAUCUCAUCUUCGGCAUGCGAAUGAAGCAGUACGCGCAGCGACUGACCUGCUGCGCGAGUGUCCAGCGCUUGCCUCGGAAGAUUGGGAUGUAAAGGGCCAUGAUUGGACCAUUUUUCGCCAACGCGUACAGCAAGCGUACAUGGCUCUGCAAGACUUUGCAGAAGGAGAUAGCGCCAGCCGAAAUGCCGUAUCACAGUCGUUCACAGCCUCUCAUUUCGGCAUCUCACAGUCGCAAGCCAAUUUUGGACUCAGCGUAGCCAGCCGCAAAGCCGAGAGUAAGGUACCGUGGUCGAUAUAUGAAAACCUGCAGAGGUUAUACAAGCUUCUGGCUGGCAAUGAAGGAGAGAUACUAAACAUAGCGGCGGACUGGAUCGAGGCCGUAUUGACGCUGACGAUUUGGUGGAACGGCGAAGAGGAAGAAGCAGAUCAGGGCAGCCUUGCAGCCACUCGCCGCUCAAUCAUGCGAUCCCAGCGAGUACGCUCCGUCGAUAUCACACCUGUCAAAGCAUAUUGCCAGCGCUUGUCUGCCUCAUUGGCAAUGGUGAUUGCGAACAGUGACGAAGACUUCAGUGUCAAUGUCACAGACCGCUUUGAAGUAGGACUUGCUUGCGUAGUGGAUGACAAUAUCGAGGGAAUACUACAGAUCCUGAGUGGUUGGUCACUUCCUGUAGCUGCAGCGGUCGCAGAGCUCGCAAGCGCUGGCGAGUGGUUCCUGCGCGCUGACGGCAUCAUGGACCAUUUUGACCAAAGCGACCUAAUGGUAUUGAGCUACACUGAGCAACAACGGACAGGUGUGAGCAAGGAUGACUUCCUGGUCGCAUAUGCCAAGCUGUUAGCGACAAAAGGACAGCUCAAAGACCAACAUGGUCAAGCAUCAAAGGAAGGCUGGGAAAUCGCCGUUCAGGUAUUAGGACGACUUGAUGAUAGCAUAACAGCCAGUGGACGUAUUCAGCAGAUCCUCAACGAGCUUCCGCUCGAAUCGUCCAUUCGUGUUGACAAGAUCACCCGACUCUGUCAUGAGCUUGGUCUAGCGCAACAUGCCUUGACCAUAGCCCAGACCCUUACCAACCUUGCAAGUAUCGACUCUGAAGCCGCAACAAUGCUCUCCAAUCACCUCAGCGGCUACGCGACGAUCCGCAGAUUCUACGAUCUCCGAGAUGAAGAAGUCCUCAUGAAGGAAGGCGAAUAUCCAGCCCACCGACCCAUGGCCCGUAAACGCGCCGCGGCAAGUGCGCUCAGUGUCAUAAUUGCGAGCGCAGCAUCAAGUAUCCGCGGUGGCCUAUACGACCCCGAGAUUGAAACCGUGGUUCCAGUCGAUCUCAUCCUACCACUUCUUGGCGAAACUCUGGUCUUCGUCAACCAACCGAAACGCACCUUCACGCUUCGACACCUAUAUAAUCUUCUAGCUGCAAUUGAAGACUUCGAAACUGCACCGAGCAUGAUACGGACGCAGUGCGAAGAAGUACUGUCAACCACAUUGUCAGCUGCACACGAUUCACAACACAAUCUGCAGAAGUCAACAUCCAACCUGACGACUGCCUCCAGCCAGUUCUCGCUAAUUGAGUUUGGUUCGACAGAUGGACAGAGCACUGAAAGUUCUGCUAUGCUGACCAAGGGUGGUGGUGUUGACGAGAGCAAGCGCGGUUGGGAUUGGAGACGUGGAUUCUACAAAGGCGCAAAUGGUGGGGAUCUAAUUAGGGUGCUGAGGCUUGGUGUUGCGAGGGAGAUUGGAAGAGCUUUCGCGGACGGAGAAGUCAAGGCUUAG